CGGAUACUACCCUCCCUCUCUCUCUCUGUCCCUGUGUUGCCCACAUCACCUACCUCCCCCUCCCUCCACACCACCACUGCUGGGCUGCAUCCCGAAUCCACGUCCCCACUGGCCCGUCUGCUGCCACUCACACACCCCCCCGCGGCCCCAGAACAAUUUGGAGAUCGUCGUCGGGGACAAUUCAAAUACACGUCGCGCCCGCCAUCAAGCUCCGUUUCCUGUUCCUCUUUCCCUUGCCGCUCCGUGCUUCCCAGGCAAGUCUCGAGUGAGUUGCAACGACAACCGUUCGCGGUCCCGCGCCAACCCACUCCAGGAUCGGUUGGAUCAUCUCGCUCAACUCCUCAACAAAGGUCUCCUCCUCCGCUCGCAUCCACACCAUCAUGUCCGCCGACGAAUCCAAGGCGGCCGCCCAGGACGUCGCCGUCGACGAGCCAGCCCACCAGCAGCAACAACAACAACAAGAACAACAUCAUGAGGUCGAGUACGUCGACCGCCCCGCCGGCUGGAUCUACAAGUCCUUUCGCGUCUUCGGCAGCGAUCUCUGGUACGCCUCGCCCAAGAUCCAGCUGCUCAUGAUCUCCAUCGUCUGCUUCCUCUGCCCCGGCAUGUACAACUCCCUCACCGGCCUCGGCGGCGGCGGCCAGGUCGACCCCACCGCCCAAGACCACGCCGGUGUUGCUCUCUACAGCACCUUUGCCGUCGUCGGCUUCUUCGCCGGGACCUUUGCCAACCGUCUCGGUCUCCGCCCGACCCUUGCCAUCGGUGGCCUGGGCUACUGCAUCUACGCCGCGUCCUUCCUGAGCUACUCGCACACCGAGAACGUCGGCUUCGUCAUCUUCGCCGGCGCCUUCCUCGGUGUCUGCGCCGGCCUGCUCUGGACCGCCCAGGGCGCCAUCAUGAUGUCGUACCCGCCCGAGAACAGCAAGGGUCGCUACAUUUCGUGGUUCUGGAUCAUCUUCAACCUGGGCGCCGUCAUUGGCUCCCUCAUUCCGCUCGCCCAGAAUGUCAACAAGAAGACGGGAGCCGUCACCGACGGCACGUACAUUGCCUUCAUCAUUCUCAUGGUUAUCGGUGCUGGUCUGUCCCUCUGCCUUGUUGACGCUAAGAAGGUCAUCCGCGAGGACAACACCAAGGUUAUUCUCAUGAAGAACCCGUCGUGGUCCAGCGAGAUCCGCGGUCUCUGGGACACCCUCUUCCAGGAGCCCUGGAUCCUGCUGCUGUUCCCCAUGUUCUUCUCCUCCAACAUCUUCUACACCUACCAGAACAACGACAUGAACGCGGCGCACUUCAACACCCGCACCCGCACCCUCAACAACCUGCUUUAUUGGCUCGCCCAGAUCUUCGGUGCCGUCAUCAACGGCUACUGCCUCGACAUCCACACCGUCCGCCGCAGUCUUCGUGCCAAGAUCUCCUUCGUCGUUCUCUUCGCCCUGACCAUGCUCAUCUGGGGUCUCGGCUGGUACUGGCAGAAGAUGCAAGUCACCCGCGAGGAGGCUUCUGACCCCAACUACACUGGCCUUGUGGACUGGGACGACGGCGGCCGCCUUUACAUUGGGCCCAUGUUCCUGUACUUCUUCUACGGCUUUUUCGACGCCAUUUGGCAGACCAACAUUUACUGGUACAUGGGUGCUCUCUCCAACUCUGGUCGCAAGGCGGCCAACCUCGCCGGCUUCUACAAGGGCAUUCAGAGCGCUGGCGCCGCCAUCUUCUGGCGCCUGGACGGCCUCAAGAAGCCUUACGACACCAUCUUUGGCGCUACCUGGGGCUGCCUGGCUGCGUCCCUCAUCUUUGCUGGCCCUGUCAUCUGGUUCAAGAUUAAGGAUCACGUCUCGAUCGAGGAGGAUCUCAAGUUCAGUGACGAGACGGUCCAGGACGUCGUCGUUACUGGUGCGGAGAAGAAGACUGAGGUGUAACGUGAGCGCGGGCGACAGACCUUGGCAGCAUGGGCCGGGAGGAUAUCAGGUUAUCAGGAACUCGGGCAGGACACCCCGCUUCUCGUUGAGCUACAAAUACCCCAUCUAAAGUUAAUAAUGUGAGGCUUCAACUUGUGUCCUAUGGUCGACUCCGCCCCCACACUCAGGCCUGAUGUAGUGAAAUUGUGUGUUUGCCGCCAGGUAG